AUGUCCCCCCUAAGAGUCGCAGUCGUUGGUGCCAAUGGUAGAGUUGGUCGCCUGCUGUUAAACCAGUUGAAAAACAGUAGCAGUUUCGCAACACCAUUAGCGAUUGUCAGAAAGCAGGAUCAAGUCGAUUAUUUCAAGAACGAAGCGGGUGUUGAUGCGAGCUUGACAGAUAUAGAAACUUCCUCCGCUAGUGAGAUUGCUGCCGCCAUCAAGGGUUACGACGCCGUGGUCUUUAGUGCAGGCGCAGGUUACGAUGGCGUUGAGAGAAUCUUCACUGUAGACCUAGACGGCUGUAUCAAGGUGGUCGAAGCUUGUGAAAAUGCGGGUGUCAAGAGAUUUGUUGUUGUUUCGGCUCUCAGAGCAGAGGAUAGAGAUUUUUGGUGGAAUUUGGAGGGUUUGCGUGAGUACUACAUCGCAAAGAGAUCGGCCGAUCGUGAAAUAAGAAGCUCCAAGUUAGAUUACACCAUCUUGCAACCAGGCACGCUGGAGUCAAACGAGGGCACCGGUUUGUUCCAACCCUUGGACAAAUUAGACGAAAAGGCCUCUGGUCUUUACUCUAUCAACAACGAAGAUGUGGCUUCUUUCAUCACACAAACUUUGCUACAUCCAGAUGUGACUGUGGGGAAGACUAUACCUUUGGUCAACGGUAAUGAAUCAAUUGAAAGUUUUAUUCAAAGUUUGUAA